CGGGCGGAGCGGGAGGCGGCGCCAGCAGCCGGCGGGGCCCAGAGUCACCGUGUCACGGCGCCGAGGAAGCCGCUGCCGCCGGAUCCGCCCCCCGCAGGGCGAGCGAGGGAGGAGGAGGAGGGAGACCGGCUCCUCGCCGCCUCUUGUAUUUUUGCCCCCUUCCCCGCCCUGCCCUCGGCCCCUCUCCUCCAACCGGGGCUCCGUGCGUGCGGCGGCGGCGGGGGGCCAGGCCGCAGCGGCGCCUGAGCAGCCCGCGGGAGCCCCGAGACGGGCCUGGGCCGCCGCCUCUGGACUAGGAUGUCCCGACAUGAAGGUCAGAUUUGGUCUUCCCCCAUCACUUCUGCCACUUCCUGGGGCCAGAUUCUUUUUGGGAGGCAAUGUUUCUUGUCUUGACUGACAAGAGGUGCUGUCUCUGGUGUCAGCUGUGAUGCAUGUUUAAAAGGAAAUUUUCGAGGUCGCCGAUACAAGUGUUUAAUUUGCUACGAUUACGAUCUGUGUGCAACUUGUUAUGAAAGUGGUGCAACAACGACAAGGCAUACAACUGACCACCCGAUGCAGUGCAUAUUAACAAGAGUAGAUUUUGAUUUGUACUAUGGUGGAGAAGCUUUCUCUGUAGACCAGCCACAGUCUUUUACUUGUCCAUAUUGUGGGAAAAUGGGUUAUACGGAAACAUCUCUUCAAGAGCAUGUUACUUCUGAGCAUGCAGAAGCAUCAACAGAAGUGAUUUGUCCAAUAUGUGCAGCAUUACCUGGAGGGGAUCCAAAUCAUGUCACGGAUGACUUUGCAGCUCAUCUUACACUGGAACACAGAGCUCCUAGAGAUUUAGAUGAAUCCAGUGGUGUUCGGCACGUACGUAGGAUGUUCCACCCAGGCCGGGGUUUGGGAGGCCCCCGUGCACGUAGAUCAAACAUGCACUUUACUACCAGUUCCCCUGCUGGGCUUUCAUCUUCUCAGAGUUCAUAUUCUCCAAGCAAUAGAGAAGCCAUGGAUCCCAUAGCUGAGCUUUUAUCUCAACUGUCAGGCGUGAGGCGUUCUGCAGGAGGACAGCUCAGCUCCCCUGGCCCUUCUGCUUCUCAGUUACAGCAGCUGCAGAUGCAACUGCAGUUGGAACGACAACAUGCACAGGCAGCAAGACAACAACUGGAGACUGCACGCAAUGCAACUAGGCGCACCAACACGAUCAAUGUCAACACCACUAUGUCACAAUCUACAACAACAGUCAACACAUCUAACACAGAAAACAGUCAGCAGACUAUCCAGAAUUCCCAGUUUCUUCUUGCAAGGUUGAAUGAUCCGAAGAUGUCAGAAGCAGACCUUGAGUCAAUGGAGAGCGAGCGGGCAGACUGCAGCCUGUUUGUUCAGGAGCUUCUACUGUCCACUUUGAUGCGGGAAGAAAGUUCCUCCUCAGAUGAGGAUGAGCGGGGGGAGAUUGCAGAUUUUGGUGCUAUGGGCUGUGUAGAUAUUAUGCCUCUAGAUGUUGCUUUAGAAAACCUAAAUUUAAAAGAGAGUAAUAAAGGAAACGAGCCUCCUCCACCUCCUCUUUGAUGACAUCCCACUUUGCAGACAAUGUCCUCUGUGCUGUAUUUGCCAAUGAAAGUGGACAACAACUAUCUUGGGUUUGUUUUGGUGAUUGUAAUUUCAGGUCUGUCACUCUUGUUACAUUGUGUACAUUCAAAAGAAAGAGAGAAAAGAUAUAUAUGAUAAUCAUUUCCACUUAACUAAUUUUUACUUCUAGCAGGUAAAUGUAGGUUGCAGUGCAGAGCAAAAAGCUCUGUGUCCUGUACCUUGACAUGCAAAAGGCUCUCCUAAUACUCCACAUUCAAACUGAAGACGAAAAAAAAAAAUGAAAAAAUCUCUAAUGAAGCUGCUGUGUGUAUUUAUGAAUAUUAAUGAAUAAAAAAUGCUUGGAUGGUUUACCUUAA